AUCUAUUUUGGCGAAUGAAAAAGAAAUAUCGAUUUUGUACCUACUUAAAUCUAAAUAAAGAAAAUAACAUUUUACAAAAACCCAAAAGUUCUUCGUUAGGGUUUGGGCCUUUUGCACAAUUACAAAAAUAUAUUGAUAACUACUAGGACUCUCAAAUUCUCAAAUCCGAUCAAUCUUCAAUCGAAUUUGAAAAGAUUUUGAAAAAAUUUUGAAACCUAAAAUUAGAAGGUAAGGAAAUCAAGAAAAGGUUAUCUUCUUAAUUUGAGACAUCAUCCGACCUUCCUUAACCGAUAUGUCUCAACACCAAGAAAGCCUUCAUGAUCCCCUGAAACCAUGGAAAUACAUUCUCUUUUCUCCAUUUAAGCUCACCGACGCCACCGCUAAAUUCAUGAAGGCCGUUUUCUUAGUAUGUUUCGUCACUUCCAUCUCCUUAGUUUCCUACUCUUUUUUCUCCACCACCACCACCACCAAAUAUUUCCGAUGUGCCGGCUUCGAUGAUCACUCGGUCAUCCACGCCGCCGUCGCCGCCGCUCCCGCUGACAUUCGUCCUCCCGGCGGCGAUCCUCUCUCGACGAACAUAUCUCACCUUCUUUUCGGCAUCGGCGGCUCCGUUACGACGUGGGACGAGCGUCGUAAAUACAACGAAAUCUGGUGGGAACCAAACGUUACUCGCGGUUUCGUGUGGCUGGACGAAACGCCUACCCAAGACGCCACGUGGCCGGAGACUUCACCGCCUUACAAAGUCUCCGCGGACACGUCAAGCUUCAAGUACACAUGCGGCUACGGGUCACGGUCGGCGAUACGGAUUGCCCGGAUAGUGAAAGAGAGUUUCGAACUCGGGUUGGACAACGUCCGGUGGUUCGUCAUGGGGGACGAUGACACGGUGUUUUUCCCGGAGAAUUUGCUGACCGUAUUGCGUAAAUACGAUCACAACGAAAUGUAUUACGUGGGAGGAGUAUCCGAGAGCGUGGAGCAGGCGAUUGUGCAUUCGUACACCAUGGGAUACGGCGGCGCUGGGUUCGCCAUCAGUUACGCCCUGGCGGCGGAGCUGGUGAAGAUAUUGGACGGUUGCAUUGACCGCUACGCCUCAUUCUACGGCUCGGAUCAAAAGAUUGGUGGCUGCAUUAUGGAAAUUGGCGUUCCUCUUACUAGAGAACCCGGAUUUCAUCAGGUGGACAUACGAGGGGGCCCGUACGGACUUCUCGCGGCGCACCCAUUGGCGCCAUUGGUGUCGCUACAUCAUCUGGACUCCGUGCAGCCCAUAUUUCCGGAAAUGGAUCGGGUUGACUCUGUCAAGACUCUGGUUAAGGCAUACGAGUCGGACCCAAGCCGGGCGCUACAACACACCUUCUGCUACGACCUGAAACGAAAUUGGUCAAUCUCUAUAUCUUGGGGAUACACGGUUCAACUGUACCCGACGUUACUAACGGCGCAAGAUCUGGCCACACCCGUACAGACAUUUUUGACGUGGAAGUCAUGGGCCCCGGAACCAUUCACGUUUAACACACGGGCCAACACCCUUGACCCGUGUGAGCGACCCGUGGUCUACUACUUUGACGGCGUUGAUAGGAAGAGUGUUAAGGGGGUUGAAACAACGACGUCGUCCUACAGCAGGCCGCCUCAGUCCGUGAAACAAUGUGAAAAGGACAUCUACGAGCCGGCUUUGGCCAUUCUAAAGUUCAAUGUCACGGCGGCAAUUCUACACCCGGACACAUGGAAGAAGGCGCCACGUAGACAAUGUUGCGAGAUCAUCAACGGUGGAAAGAAGGACAAUGUUGUACAGAUCAAAAUUAGAGACUGCAAGCCAUGGGAAUCGGUAACAUUACCCAUUAUUGUGGAAACUUAGUUACGAAAUUCUGAGCUAACCUGAAAGUUUUGUAACCCCCAAAAGAGAGAGAGAGAGAGAGUGUGUGAGGAGAGGAAAAAGGUCCAAUUCCAUUGUUGAUUGGUGCCAAGCAGAAAAACUCGAAAAUUUACAGUGCAUGUAUAUUCUCAGCAUCACGGGGCUAUCUGCAUAUUUAUAUGUCAUCUUUAAUCCUUUUUCCCAGCUAACAUUUUUAGUUGAUAGGGUUAUUAUAUGCGUAUUAUUAAUGCAAAAGCCUAACCAUACCAGUAGAAAGAAUCAUAAAUUAAGUGGUGUCACUAACCAUCAUGUGAUUUUUCUUAUUUCUUUUGUUUUCAGUUGGAAAAUGUGGUCGGAAAAAAACAUUAAGUUUUGUGAAAAAAUGCAUUCAAAUCCUCAAUUAGGAGAAGCCCAUAUUUUUGUAGGCGUAGAAAAUUAAAAACACCUCUAAAUUUUGUUUGACUUUCAGGAAAUGGGAGAGGUUUCAUUAAAAUGCACUUAAGUUCAAUAUAGAUUUCUCAAAUAUGCAUUAUUGCGAGUGUUGUAUAGUUUUCCAUUCAUUGGUGAUAUAUUAGUAUGAUCUA